AGAAGAGCUUAACGGAUGUCUUCAGUCUUUGAUGUCAGUUACAAAAGGCAAUGAUUUUACUUUUGCAGCUACUCGAUUGCAGUUGUUGGCAGUUUGCAGCACUCUCAAAGAUAGUGUUUUCUGUGUCGACGAACACAUGAAACUGUGCUUUAAUCCAACACAAAGAAAGGUAUUCAAUCAUGUAGUAUCUGGAGCUAGACAAGUCCUGGCAGAGCUUUGUGUACCAGGACCUAUUCAGGAAGCAUAUCUUACCCAUGCACCGUGUUUUAAGAAUAUCACCUUAGCUGAAGAAAAGUGUGCACCAAAAUAUCGUCACCUCAUUGAAAUUUCAGAAAAUGUGAACGAAGAACAUAACGUAGAUGAAGGACUAAAAGAUUCCUGUUGCGCAUUCCGAGAAUUCGUUCUCUGUAAAUACAUUCACGUAGCUCAAGAUUGUGGACACGACGCUGAUGCAUUUCUACAGCAACAUCUCGAUCGCAUCACCAGUCCUUUGUUGCACGAGCACUGCGCACACUAUACUUACGGAGCCGGAACCUGCACUUCAAUCUCCAAUCAUCUGAGAGCAGCACUCAGCCUUUCAAUGAUUCUUACAUUAUCUUUGUCGAUCGAAAGAAUGCUCCGUCGUUUUCUACUCCAGACUUAGUUGAUGGAGAGCAUUCAUCAACAAGGAAUCUUUUGAGUAAUUUUAGGAGAAAAGAGAAAAACUGGUUGAUCAUUUCCAUUAAAUGUUCUCGGGAAUCUGUACGAUUAAAGGUUUCUUUAUGGAGGAGACCAAAUCGCUAUUGCUUUUUCAUUGAUAGUUUCUUUUUCU